AUGACUGCAACAAUCGUCUGUCCCAGCGAAGCGGAUAUAGUGAUCUGUGGGGGUGGAGGAGCGGGGUGUGUCAUAGCAACGCGUCUAGCGCAAGCUCGACCUGAUCUGUCGAUACUUCUGCUAGAACAGGGGCCAGACAAUCGAGAAGUGAAACGAUUGAACCGUCCCCUUGAGAGCCUUUUCUGGCUUUUCCAACACAACCCAUAUCUAAAAUGGAUCGACUGUGAGCCUAAGCAGGAGCUAGGAGGACGUCAGCCAAGGAUACCCGUUGGGAAUAUACUAGGAGGUGGAACCAGUAUCAACACGCUUGUAAGCUAUCGUUUCACUACGCAGCGAUAG